CAUGUUCUUUUUACCCUUCCAAGUUAUUUAAUUUAUGUUUCUAGCCUUCACCCUCAUUGGUGGUUGGCAUGUGUGAUAAAUUUGAGGAGCAAAUGCGGUUAGAUGGUUUAAUGGUGGUCUAGGAGACUGGAGUGGGGCCAUAGCCAUGAUUUGCAAAUGGUUUGGUGCUUUGAAUUGGUGUGGUGGGAGGGAUGAUCCUGCAGACCAGCCACAUGAACAAGUGAUUGCAACUAAAACGUUUAGCCUUAACUCAUUGAGAUCAGCAACUGGAGACUUUCAUCCUUCAAGCAAAAUUGGUGGAGGAGGUUAUGGAGUUGUCUACAAGGGAGUUUUAAGGGAUGGUACUCAGGUUGCAAUCAAGUCUCUUUCUGUGGAGUCUAAACAAGGAACCCAUGAAUUUAUGACAGAAAUUGAUAUGAUAUCAAACAUACGACAUCCAAAUCUUGUGGAGCUGAUUGGCUGCUGUGUUGAGGGUAGUCAUCGGAUAUUGGUUUAUGAAUUUCUGGAGAACAAUAGCCUCGCAAUUUCUUUACUUGGUUCAAAAAGUAAAUAUGUUGCUCUGGAUUGGCCAAAGAGGGCUGCAAUUUGUCGUGGCACAGCUUCUGGCCUUUGUUUUCUCCAUGAAGAGGCUCAACCAAACAUUGUUCAUAGGGAUAUCAAGGCCAGCAACAUAUUGCUGGAUGGGAACUUUAAUCCUAAAAUUGGGGAUUUUGGUCUUGCAAAACUUUUCCCUGACAAUGUCACCCAUGUUAGUACUCGAGUUGCAGGAACUGUGGGAUAUCUUGCACCAGAAUAUGCACUUCUAGGACAGCUUACAAAGAAGGCUGAUGUAUACAGUUUUGGAAUUCUCAUGCUUGAAAUCAUCAGUGGUAAAAGUAGUAGCAAAGCUGCAUUUGAAGAUGAUUUUUUGGUUCUGGUGGAAUGGGCUUGGAAGCUGAAAGAAGAAAAUAGACUUCUGGACCUUGUCGAUUCAGAACUUGGUGAAUAUGACGAGAGCGAGGUGUAUCGGUUCCUUAUAGUUGCUCUAUUUUGCACUCAAUCAGCUGCUCAGCAUAGACCAAGCAUGAAGCAAGUAUUCGACAUGCUAUCCAAGGAAGUCCAUCUUAAUGAGAAGGCAUUGACUGAACCUGGAAUAUACAAAUGGCACAGCUCCACAAAGAAGGGCAGUUCUUCGAAUGAGACAUCGUCUUCUCAAGCAAUUAAGUUCAUAAAAACUGAAAAUCAACAUGAAGCAACUUCAAGCCACUUUAGUGGUACAGAUAUUGUGACAGAGAUGUUUCCAAGAUGAUGGUUACACGUGCAUGCAGUGUUAGAUUCAUAUUUGUGUCAUGUUUAUCAUUU